AUGUUUUUUUAUUUUAAAUAAUCCAAGGCUAUACAGAAUUCACUAUCGAUAGUGUGUUUGUGUGUAGGCGAAAAAUUAUCGAUAGUUUUCAAUUCAUUGACAAAAAUUUCAUAAAAUGUAAAAAUGAAUGUUGAAAAUUCUUGGAUUUUGGGACCAAUUUUAUUUGGUUUUGUUAUUGGUUUUCGAUCGAAAUCAUUCAGAUUAUCAUCAUUAACAUUGAGACAAAAACUUGUAAUUGUUUUCAAUACAAAUAAUGUUCGUCGAAUGAAUAAUACAGAAUUAUUAUCAAAUUGUUCGAAAAUUUCGAUAAUGGCAUUUGAAUCAUCCAGAAAACAAACACCAUUAUCAUAUUAUCUUUGGUCAUUGUUUGGACAACCAAAAGUAGUUUUACAGGCAAAUUCCAACCAGAAUUUAGAACAUUUUGCUCGACAAGCAUCCGAAUCGAUGAUUUGUUCAACAAUUUUACGUAAUAAUAAUGAUCGAAUAAUUUUGGCAAUUGGUCCAGGACCUAAUCACAUGAUUGAUAAGAUUACUGGACAUUUAAAACUGUUAUAAUCAUAUAAUUUUAGUGAUGUGUAAAUAAUUUGAUAAAUAAAAUGUAUACAAAUUCUGUUUAUUAA